GUAGGUACAUAUAAGUAACAUACGGGUCAUAUGCGCUCGCGCAAUUUGACCGAUACAAAUUAUCAUUUAUUGUCCCGCUAUCUUCACAGCAAGAACUUCUCAGUCGCAAUCGAGCAUUCGCGCGGGUUACUCAAGGCAAUAUUUUAAACUCGGUAAUAAAAAUAGAAACCAUGGGACCAUCAAACGAUGAAGAAAUUAGUGAUGUGAAUACGGAAUUAGUUUUUUAUGUUAAUGGCAAAAAGGUGACUGAACCGAAACCAGAUCCAGAAUGGACACUGUUGUGGUAUUUAAGAAAAAAGUUACGCCUUACCGGGACUAAGCUGGGCUGUGCGGAGGGAGGUUGCGGCGCCUGCACUGUUAUGAUCUCAAAGUACAACCGCAAAGAGAAAAAGAUAGUUCACCUUGCAGUAAAUGCUUGUCUAGCACCAGUAUGCGCAAUGCAUGGCUUAGCUGUUACUACUAUAGAGGGAAUAGGUUCCACUAAAACCAAGCUCCACCCCGUUCAGGAACGACUUGCGAAAGCUCACGGUUCUCAAUGUGGAUUUUGCACCCCAGGCAUAGUCAUGUCCAUGUAUACUUUACUCAGAAGUUGUCAAAAAGUAAAGUACUCAGAUAUGGAGGUCGCCUUUCAAGGAAAUUUAUGUAGAUGUACAGGUUACAGAGCCAUUAUAGAGGGCUACAAAACCUUUAUCGAAGACUGGGAAACCACUCGAGUUACGAAUGGCAGCUCAAAUGGCUCAACAAACGGCGCGUGCGGGAUGGGAAAAGAUUGUUGCAAAAAUAGGACUGAUAAUAGUGAGACUGAAUUUAUUUUUGAUAAAUCGUCCUUUUUACCUUACGACGCCAGUCAAGAACCUAUAUUUCCUCCUGAACUAAAACUUUCUUCUAUUUACGAUGAACAAUAUCUAGUAUACCGUGGUGAAAAAACAGUUUGGUACAGACCGACAACACUACAGUCUAUAUUAAAGUUAAAGAAUCAAUAUCCAGAAGCCAAAAUAGUUGUAGGAAACACAGAAGUUGGAGUUGAAGUAAAAUUUAAACAUUGUAUUUAUCCUGUAAUUAUAAUGCCAAAUUUUGUUCCUGAAAUUAAUUCGGUGAUAGAAACGGAUUCAGGAUUAGUAGUGGGAGCUGCUGUCACACUUACGGAAUUAGAAAAUGUAUUCAGAAAAAACAUAGAUAUGUUGCCCAAAUACAAAACAAGAACACUGACUACAAUAAUAGACAUGUUGAAUUGGUUUGCUGGUAAGCAAAUAAGAAAUGUGGCUGCUAUUGGUGGAAAUAUAAUGACCGGCAGUCCUAUAUCAGAUUUAAAUCCAAUAUUAAUGGCCUUAAAGGUUAAACUCAACCUUUUAAGUGAAAAAGGAGGUCAUCGCUCGGUAUUGAUGGACGAAACGUUCUUUACUGGUUACAGAAAAAAUGUUGUCAAGCCAGAUGAAAUCUUACUUUCUGUAGAGAUUCCUUAUACAACUAAAUAUCAGUACGUGAAAGCCUAUAAACAAGCCAAGCGACGUGACGACGAUAUAUCUAUUGUUACAGCAGCAAUAAACGUUGAAUUUGAAAGCGAUACGAAUAUAAUAAACAGUAUCACCAUAGCGUUUGGUGGGAUGGCACCAGUAACAAAGAUAGCUACAAAAACAAGUAAAUUAUUAAAAGGGCUGAAGUGGAAUAAGCAAAUGCUGGAUAAAGCUUUUAUGUACAUGUUGGAUGAAUUGCCAUUAAAUCCGUCGGUGCCUGGUGGGAACGUUCGGUUUAGACAAGUGUUAACUAUGAGUUUAUUUUUGAAAGCUUAUUUAGCUAUAGCUAAAGAAAUAUGCCAAGAUUACAUACACAAAGAUCUUAUUAAACCACUUGACAGCAGUGGCGCUGAACAAUUCCACGGCAGUGUACCUAAAAGUUCCCAGUACUUUGAACUUGUUGGUGAUAAGCAAGUCAUAAGUGACGCUGUCGGUAGACCUGUUCCACAUAUGUCGGCAUUGAAACAAGUAACCGGAGAAGCAAUAUAUUGCGAUGAUAUUCCAAUCGCUGAAGGUGAACUAUAUUUAGCAUUCGUUCUAAGUACUAAGGCGCAUGCAAAGUUGGUGUCUGUCAAUGCAGAAGAAGCAUUAAAACAACCUGGUGUAGUAGCAUUUUUUUCUGCCAAAGACUUAACAGAAGAUCAAAAUGCCAUAGGGCCUAUAUUCCAUGAUGAAGAAUUAUUUGCAAGUAAAAAAGUUACAAGUCAAGGACAAACUAUCGGAGUUAUAGUGGCUCAAGAUCAACAAACAGCUCAGAGCGCUGCUAGAAAAGUGAACAUAGAGUAUGAUGAAUUAGAACCAAUUAUUAUUACAAUAGAAGAUGCUAUUAAACAUAAAUCGUUCUAUAAACAAUUCCCUAAAACAAUAAAAAGAGGAAAUGUACAAUGCAUGUUUGAAGAUUCGAAGAAUAUUAUUAUAGAAGGAGAAUGUCGAUUGGGUGGGCAGGAGCACUUUUAUUUAGAGACACACGCAGCGUUUGCGAUUCCAAAGAAAGAAGACGACGAGUUGGAGAUAUUUUGUUCCAGCCAACACCCGUCCGAAAUUGCGAAAUUAACAAGUCACAUACUUCACGUACCUAUGAACAGAAUAGUAGCACGUGUAAAGCGUUUGGGAGGAGGUUUUGGUGGAAAAGAGGCCCGCAGUAUGUUAGUCGCUUUACCCGUAGCCUUUGCUGCGCAUAAGCUUCAAAGACCUGUACGUUGCAUGCUCGAUCGGGAUGAAGAUAUGCUAAUGUCGGGAACCAGACAUCCAUUUUUAAUAAAGUACAAAGUAGCAGUUACCGAAGAAGGAAAAAUAGUUGCCGCACAAGUCGAUAUUUACAAUAACGGAGGAUACUCAUUCGAUCUCUCUGGACCUGUAGUGGAAAGAGCAAUGUUUCAUUACGAAAAUGCUUAUUACAUUCCCAAUUGUGAAGUCACUGGUUACGUUUGUAAAACAAAUUUGCCAAGCAAUACGGCUUUUCGUGGAUUUGGUGGCCCACAAGGAAUGUUUGGUGCUGAAAGUAUGAUAUGGGAUAUAGCUCAUAAACUGAAGAAAAGUCCAGAAGAAAUUCGUAGACUUAACCUGUAUCGAGAAAACUCAAUUACUCACUACGGACAGGUUUUAGAACACUGCACAUUACAAAGAUGCUGGGAUGAAUGUGUGGAAAAAAGUGAUCUAGCACGAAGGAAAAUAAACAUUGAAAAUUUCAACAAGCAAAAUCGUUGGCGCAAGCGAGGUAUUUCUAUAAUCCCGACCAAAUUUGGGAUUGCAUUUACAGAAAGAUUAUUGAAUCAGGCUGGUGCAUUGAUUCUUAUAUACACCGAUGGUUCAGUUCUGUUAUCUCAUGGAGGAACUGAAAUGGGACAAGGUCUCCAUACUAAAAUGAUUCAAGUAGCAUCUCGGGCUCUUGGUAUCGAUACAUCAAAAAUUCAUGUAAGUGAAACAGCGACAGAUAAAGUGCCAAAUACUUCAGCGACUGCAGCCAGUGCUGGCUCAGAUCUUAACGGCAUGGCUGUUCUUGAGGCAUGCCAAACUUUGAUGAAGCGUCUUCAACCAUACAAAGAUAAAAAUCCCAAUGGGAAAUGGGAAGACUGGGUAUCGGCAGCUUAUGUGGAUCGUGUGAGCCUAUCAGCUACAGGAUUUCAUGCUACACCAGACAUCGGAUUUGACUUCAAAAAAAACUCUGGGAAAGCAUUUAAUUACUUUACGUACGGAGUAGCAUGCACUGAAGUCGAAAUAGAUUGCCUUAGUGGAGACCACCAGGUUCUAAGGAGUGAUAUAGUCAUGGAUUUAGGAGAGAGUAUUAAUCCAGCUAUUGACAUUGGUCAGAUCGAAGGUGCCUUCAUACAGGGCUAUGGACUUUUUACAAUGGAAGAGCUUAUUUACUCUCCUACGGGGACUUUAUACUCACGUGGCCCUGGAGCAUAUAAGAUUCCAGGAUUCGGUGACAUUCCUCUUGAGUUCAAUGUUUCUUUGCUGAAAGGAGCACCCAAUCCAAGAGCAGUUUUUUCGUCAAAAGCGGUUGGAGAGCCUCCUCUGUUCCUGGCGAGCUCAGCUUUCUUCGCGAUAAAAGAGGCGAUACGAGAAGCGCGAGCAGACGCGGGCGUCUCGCUCGACUUCCAACUGGAAUCCCCUGCAACAUCUGCUCGCAUACGUAUGGCGUGUGAAGACCACAUUACUAAAAAGAUCCCUGUUCCGGAACCAGGCAGCUAUGUUCCAUGGAAUAUUGUUCCUUGAUCUGUAUCUACUCAAUUAUUUAUAUUCAAUAGCCAAAUAAAAACAUUGUUAAGCAAUC